AUGGGCGUGACCGAGAUCUCUUCCGCCCCAAGGGACCGUUGGCUUCACACGCAAGAAGAGCUUAUGAAAUUUUCGCCCUCCCGCAAGCACAUGACCUACGAGCAGGAGCUUACUCUCCGCCAGAAGAUCGGUCGCUUCAUCAAUGGGAUCGCCGAUCGGCUCAACGCGAAUGUCGAAAGGCAAUUCCAGUUUCGUACGAUGUCGAUCUGCUCAGCUAUCGUCCACGCCAAUCGCUUCUUCUACGUGCACUCGUUUCGCGACAUCGAUCUGCGCGACGUCUGCUUGGCCUCCGUUUUUCUAACCGCAAAAUCGGACGAUUGCCCGCGCAGCCCGCGUUCGAUUUUGCUGGCUUGGUGGAACAUGCGUUUCGGUGUGUCGAAGAUCCCGGUCAAGCUUUACGAUGAUGCCUACGACCGAAUGUGUUUCUUUGAAACGAUGCUGCUACAGACGAUCGGCUUCGACUUGGUGCUGGAGAUGCCGCAUCCCUAUGUCCUACAACAAAUGGCAGCGCUGGGUGCCGUGGGUGAGCUACGUGAAGCAGCUUAUUUUUUCGCUUCUGAUGUACUUGCAUAUACGGAUUGGUCGAUCCGCUACACGGCAGCCGAGAUCGCUGCUAUUGUCGUGUACGCGGUCUGCAUCUGGGCAAACCAUCCGUUGCCCGACAUGAGCGUCAAGCAGCCGUGGUUCCAGGUGCUCGCCCCGCAGCUCACAGAGUCCGCUUUGCAGAGUAACGAACAAUUGAUAAACACCCUCUACGAGAAGCUUGCCACGACGGACCGGCCAAGAAAUGUGAAGGAUCGAAUCAAGGCUGCGCUGAAGAAGAAGACCGCCGCUGCCGCCGUUGAAGCCAAUGGUACUCCGCAAAACCGGAAGCGCCCUCACGACGGUUCC